AUGGUUGAAGAAGAAGCUAAAGGGUUGCCAGUGAGUAAGCGUGUAUGGAAGCAAGAGAAGGAGCCAUUGCGUGCUAACAGUCGUGUUGUUAAAAACAAGAAGCUCACGUCCUGGGAACUAAAGAAACAGAAGAGGCUUGAAGAACAGCAAUAUAAGGAGAGGUUAAAGGCAUUAAAGGAUGAAAAGUUAGAAACUAAGAGGCAGCAAAUUGAGGCUAUGAAAUUGAGACGUGAGAAGAAGGAAGAGAAAGAGAGAUACGAAAGAUUGGCGGCCAAGAUGCAUGCUAAGAAGGUUGAAAGAUUGAGGAGAAGAGAAAAGAGAAACAAGGCUUUGAAAGAGCGUUAA